AUGAACUCCCCUUUGGGCACCCCAAGUCCAACGAGCGGGCAGACUGCCUCGGGUGGCCCCGGCACCCGGUCGAAGAGCCGGUCGCUGCAGCGGGACAUAACCCCCGAGGCGGUGCUGGGCAUGCGGCAGAAGGCCCGUGGAGGGCGCGAGUUCCGGGUCAAGCUGGUGGGCCGCGACAACCGGUCCAACCGCUGGAUGGCCGAGCGGCUGGUGCCCAAGGAGCUGAUCCAGGCCUACCUCGACUCCCAGCCGGCCGCCAAGGCCGUGGCCAUGUCAUCGUCAACAUCGUCAUCACCGGCCACCACUACGCCGUCGCCCACCACCUCAACCAAGGCCGCAAACAAGGCAGCUAACAAGGCGAGCGUGCAGAGCCCGAGAGUGACGUCAACACCGCUCAGCAGUCCCGCCAUGAUUGAGACAACGACGACGACGACAGCGACUGUUGCAUCAUCGGCAUCAACGCUGGCCUCCGGCAGCGGUGGCUUGGGGCGAAAGUCGCUGAAGCGGAAGAAGGUGGUGGCGGAAGCGGGCCACGGCCACCAUCGAGGUGAAGACAGCGGCAGCAGGCAGCCGUACCCGCGCAAGCUGGCGGUGCACCAAUACCGUGUAUUGGAGGAGGUCUUCGAGACAGAGGCGGGCGACACGGAACCCCAACUACUCCCCGGCGUGCCCCUCGUCGCACCUCCGCCCUCUACGCUGGCCCGUUCCGGGCUCGACGUCGUCGCCGUCCGGCGCCGGCUGGGUCCCGGUACCCUGCUUUGGCGCCUGCCGGUCGGGGCCGUCUACGACUACCACGAACCGCUACGGCUGCGGCGGCGCUGGGUGGUGGUGCGGUACGGGGAGCGCGCCGCCCUGGUGCGGGUCACCACCUCGGUCACCUUCGACGAUGCCAAGAAGGUGGCGCUACGCGAAUGGAACAUUCGAUCCCGGAAAGAAGAGUUUUCGGUGUAUGACGCCAUUGGAGCCAUCCUCGACUCCAGCGCGAGGAUCAAGGAGGAGAUAGGCGAGUGCGAGGUGUUCUACCUCAAACUCAGGAAUCCCGCUGAACCUUUGCCCGCCUCUUCUUGA